AGAGCGCCGUGGCCAGGAUGGGAGCGGUGGCCAGCGCCAGCGUGUGCGCCCUAGUCGGCGGGGUGGUCCUGGCCCAGUACAUCUUCACCAUAAAGAAGAAGACGGGCAGGAAGACCAAGAUUAUAGAGAUGCCUGUAUGCAAGCCCUGCAUCUCUGGAGUCUGCUUGUCACCUGUGCUGUUGCAGUAGGAAAGCAUCAAGAACAGAAGAAGCCAGAGUGCCCUAAACUCAGCACACAGAUGCCAGAAUUUCAGAAGAAAACGGUCCAUAUCAGGGACCCAGAAAGGGUGGAAGAAAUUAUCUGUGGUCUCAUCAAAGGAGGAGCUGCGAAACUUCAGAUAAUUACAGACUUUGAUAUGACACUGAGUAGAUUUUCCCACAAUGGCAAAAGAUGUCCGACAUGUCAUAACAUCAUUGACAACUGCAAACUUAUAACAGAUGAAUGUCGCAAAAAGUUAUACCAGUUGAAAGAAAUGUAUUAUGCUAUUGAAAUUGAUCCAAGUCUUACAAUUGAAGAGAAGUAUCCUUACAUGGUUGAGUGGUACAACAAAUCACAUGCUUUGCUUAUUGAACAAGGGUUACAAAAGCACAAACUUGCCGAAAUUGUGAGGGAGUCUGAUGUUAUGCUGAAAGAAGGGUAUGAGAAUUUCUUUGAUAAACUCCAUGAACAUAAUAUUCCCGUAUUCAUAUUUUCUGCUGGAAUUGGAGACAUCUUAGAAGAAGUCAUUCAUCAAGCAGGUGUCUACCAUCCCAACGUCAAAGUAGUUUCCAACUUCAUGGAUUUUGAUGAGAAUGGCGUAUUAAAAGGAUUUAAAGGGGAACUGAUUCAUGUUUACAACAAACAUGAUGGCGCCUUGAAAAAUACAGAGUACUUCAAACAAUUAAAGGACAACAGCAACAUCAUACUGCUUGGAGAUUCUCAAGGAGAUUUAACUAUGGCAGAUGGAGUGGCAAAUGUUGAGCAUAUUCUUAAGAUUGGGUAUCUCAAUGAUAAGGUUGAAGAAUUGCUGGAGAAAUAUAUGGACUGCUAUGAUAUUGUGUUGGUGAAAGAUGACUCUUUAGAUGUGGCCAACUCAAUCUUACAAAAGAUUCUGUAAAGAGCAUCAUUGGAAUUUGAUUGUUUUCCUCUUGAUGAAGGCAGUUGGACAAAUCAGCAUGCCUGUGCUAUCUUAGAAUAUCAGUCUUGAUGCUGUUUUGUAUGGGAGUCACUUUAUUUGUAAAGUAAUAUACUGUAUCCAUGAUCUUCUGGACACUCACCCCCUCCCCAUCACUUUUAAUGGAACCCCUUAUUUAUUCUAAUGGAUAGGUUGUAUGGAUAACUGGAAAAGAGUUCCUUCAGUUUAUAUUCAUGCACAAUAAAGGGAUGUUUUCAGA